CGGAGACGCAGGGCCAGGCCCCGGCGGUGCGAGGGGAGGAGUUAGAGGAUGGGCGUCAUCUUCCCCACGAGGGGAGCUGGCGGACUACAUUUCCCAGAGACCCCCGCGAGGACGGGGCGGCCGCUUCAUUUGCCUGCGGGACCCUUGGCCUCCAGGGCAGGGAAAGUACGCAGCUAGCGGCCUAGGCACCCGGGGCCUCACCAGGCUGCGCAGGAACGUCCCUGGGCGUCUGAAGGGACAUACCAGGAGAGAUGAAAAUGUACUAAAACUACAUUGUGAUGAGUAUACUAAAAACACUGACUUGUACACUUCAGGAGAACAGCCUUGAGGACUGAUCAUUUCCUGCAAUACUAAAAGCCAUGGCUGAGGGAUCAGUGGUGUUCAAUGAUGUGUCAAUAGACUUCUCUCAGGAGGAGUGGGAGUGCCUGGACCCUGCUCAGAGGGACUUGUACAGAGAUGUGAUGUUGGAAAACUAUAGCAAUCUGGUUUCGAUGGGAUUUUACAUUCCUAAGCCUCAAGUGAUCUCUUUACUGGAACAAGGAAAAGAGCCCUGGAUGGUGGGCAGAGAGCUUACAAGAGGCCUGUGUUCAGACCUGGAAUCAAUGUGUGAAAGCAAGUUAUUAUCUCUAAAGAAAGAAGUUUAUGAAAUAGAGUCAUGCCAGAGGGAGAUAAUGGGACUUACAAAGCCUGGCCUUGAAUACUCCAGCUUUAGAAAUGUUUUAGAAUAUAGAAGUCAUUUUGCCAGACAAAAUGGGCUUUUAAGUCAAGAAGUAUUCUCUAAUGAAUAUGUACCCACAUUUAUUCAACAGUCUUUCAUUACUCUACAUCAAAUAAUGAAUAAUGAAGAAAAACCCUAUGAAUGUAAAAAAUGUGGAAAGACCUUUAGUCAGAACUCACAAUUUAUUCAACAUCAGAGAAUUCAUAUUGGUGAAAAAUCUUAUGAAUGUAAGGAGUGUGGGAAAUUCUUUAGUUGUGGCUCACAUGUUACUCGGCAUCUGAAAAUUCAUACUGGUGAAAAACCCUUUGAAUGUAAAGACUGUGGAAAGGCUUUCAGUUGUAGCUCAUACCUUUCUCAACAUCAGAGAAUUCAUACUGGUAAGAAACCCUAUGAAUGUAAGGAGUGUGGGAAAGCCUUUAGUUAUUGCUCAAAUCUUAUUGAUCACCAGCGAAUUCACACUGGUGAAAAACCCUACAAAUGUAAAGUAUGUGGGAAAGCCUUUACUAAGAGCUCUCAGCUGUUUCAACAUGUGCGGAUUCAUACAGGCGAGAAACCCUAUGAAUGUAAGCAAUGUGGCAAAGCCUUUACUCAGAGCUCAAAACUUGUUCAGCAUCAGAGAAUCCACACUGGUGAGAAACCCUAUGAGUGUAAGGAAUGUAGCAAAGCCUUUAGCAGUGGCUCAGCACUUACUAACCAUCAGAGAAUCCACACUGGUGAGAAACCCUACAAUUGCAAGGAAUGUGGGAAGGCUUUUACUCAGAGCUCACAACUUCGCCAACAUCAGAGAAUUCAUGCUGGUGAGAAGCCCUUUGAAUGUCUUGAAUGUGGGAAGGCUUUUACUCAGAACUCACAACUUUUCCAGCAUCAGAGAAUCCAUACAGAUGAAAAACCAUAUGAAUGUAGUGAAUGUGGAAAGGCUUUCAAUAAAUGCUCAAAUCUUACUCGCCAUUUGAGAAUUCACAGUGGUGAGAAGCCCUAUAAUUGUAAGGAAUGUGGGAAGGCCUUUAGUAGUGGCUCAGAUCUCAUUCGUCAUCAAGGAAUUCAUACUAACUAAUAAUAAAAAUUAUGACUCUUGUCAUCUUAAUGUUUUAGACAAAAAUUCAUAUUUGGUAGUUACCCUGUAUCUAUGUUUUAUUUGUAUGCAAGUUUUCAAUCCAAAUGCAUUUCACUCUAGGAUAUGAAUUUAGAGUCUAAAUUGACAUCCCCUCCAUAUUGUAGCAAUCAAUGCAAGUUGUUCAGUAAUUCUUUCUUUCCCCCAUUGUUUGGUGCUAUAUUAUAUUCUUGUAUGUAUUUGCUUGUAUUUUAGAGUUCUUCCCUUUUCUGAUAUUUGUUAUUUUAAAAAAAAUUUUGUAGUUUUGUAUGGAGAGAAUGCCUUUGUUUAUUUUUAUAUGGUGCUGAGGAUCAAACCCAGUGAGUAACUCACACAUGCUAGGCAAGCUCUCUGCCACUGAGCUACAGCCCCAGCCUUGUUCUUGCAUUAGUAUCACACUGUUUAAAUUGUGUGACCUUUCAUAAUUUGAAAUUCCUUGUGGAAUUAUAAAUUUGGGGCGGGGGUCAGUGCUGGGGAUUAAACUCAGGGGCUCUCAACCACCGAGCACAUCCCCGACUCUGUAUUUUAUUUAGAGAAAGGGUCUCACUGAGUUGCUUAGUGCCUUGUUUUUGCCAAGGCUGGCUUUGAACUCACAAUCCUUCUGCCUCAGCCUCCCGAGCUGCUGGGAUUACAAAUGUGUGCCACUGUACCCAGCUAUAACUUUGUUUUUGAAGUCAGUAUUAAUUUUUUUGUUUCAUUUCACAAGUUUAUAUUUUUAUUGUAAAACAAUCAGAAAACAUAAAAAGGCAGAAGCUAAAAAAGCCAAAAUGAAUUAUAGUUAUGCUAUAGAUGACUGCUCUCAAUUUGGUAGAGCAAAUUCUGCUAGACAUCAUAUUUUAAGGAAGUGAAGUCAUGGCAUGUAUGCCAUAUCGUCACUUGCUUUUAUUAUACCAAAAACAUAAUAGCCAUUUUAGUAAAUAUAGGUUUUUAUUAUUUUUAAUGACAUAUACCUUUUUAAAAUGACUAUUAUUCAAGUUAGGAUUGCCUCUAAAUUUUUAUAGUGUGUAAGCUUUUAUCUUUAAAUGCCUGGUUUUUCCUUUAAAACAUUUAUUUUAAUUGCUGAAAUUAGUCAUGUUUUCUCUUUAUAAACUAUUUUGUUCCUUUUCAUUAAUCCAAAUCCUAAAGCCAUAUUGGAAAAGUAAUCACUGUUUACAAAAGUGUUUAUUCUUCCAGAUACUUAACACAUUUUUUCUUAUACAUGUUAGUCGUGUUUUAUUUCUUACAUAUAAAUAUAUACAAUCGUGUAUGUAUUGGUUUGGCCAUGAGGACUCAGUGAAUUGGUACAAGGUACUUAGAUCUAUUCCUACCAACUAGUAUAUGUUUAAUAAAUGUUAUUCCUACCAACUAGUAUAUGUUUAAUAAAUGUUUUUCUCUAUUAUCAUUGAUCUACUCAUUCUCAUAAUUAUCUUCAUUAUGAUUUGUGGGAAGGACUUUAAUCAUAUUGUUUAACUUUGUCAAAGAAUUCAUAAAGGAAGAAGAAAAAUAAUUAUAAUGACUAUGGGAAAGAACACCUUUCCCCUACUACUCCUUGGUCAGUGUGGAAUUUUAAAAGGGAAAAAAGAUUUAUGUGGAUAGUCUUUAUUCAGACUUCAUCCUUCAUGCUGUAGGAAGAAUGCCUUGGUUAUAGCGAUGGGCAGUUUAAAAUCACAACUGUCACAAUAGCAAGAAGAGUUGAUAUUUUUCCUAAUUGGUUCCAAAAAAGCAGAAAGCAUACAGAUCACAUUCUUUGCACAGAAUAAGGAAAAGAGUAAAAGUAGAUGACCAUCAAAUAUCUGAGUGUUAGUUCAAUAUCUCCUCUUAAUUAACAUGGGUUAAGGAAAUAUAUCACUUUGUAUAUGUUAUUCAGAUGCAAAUGAAACUGACAACACUGUUGAAAAACCUGUGGCAAUAAAAGCUGUAUCGAAGAUUUUUAACUUAAUGUACAUGUGUAUAUCAAAGUGCUAUAAAGAUUAUUAACAAAUAAAAUUACAAUGGAAUCCAAGAACCUAAAAUAGGCAAAAGUGUAUUUUGAGAGGAGGAAGGGAUUAUAAAAAGAAAUAAAAAUUAUCAAAAGCAAAAAUUUUAAUUAUUUUUUGGAAAAGAGAAAGGGAGACAAAUUUUAGUGAUUCCAGUGAUGAAAUAAAGAUGAAAAUAGAUGGUAUUGAGAAUGAAAAACUGAAAUGAUGAUAUGUUUAAACUGAAAAGGACCCUUUUCUUGUUGAGUGAUGAAAAUGUGGAAUUACUGUUCUAGAUGUCACAAAUUUGUGAAUAUGCUGGAAACCACUAAACACUUUAUGAUGUAUGUUUUGUAUCCAGUUAAAUAAAAAACUUAAAUUUCA